AUGCCAUUUGUGAAGCGGAAGCCGGUGCUCCCCUUAGGGCUGCCCGACGCGCUUGUCAGUGCAACAGAGAAGGGACAGAAUCCCAACGUCUUUUACUUGGCCGCGACAGGCGAGGUGUUUGCCGACUAUGACGAGGCGCAGCACGCGCUUGCGAUCCAAAAACGCUUCCCCGAUGCCCUCCGCGCACCUGUUCUGCGUGCUGUGCAGUUCCAAGUCACCGGCCGCCUGGACAAUUUGGUGGAACUGGUGGCCGAGCGGUUCAAGGACCGCUUCUUCAAGGAUGAAACCGUCCUGGUCGAAGUGGAUGGCGAUCGAUACCAUGCUCUGGUCAAGGAGGUCUUCCCGCCCCGCCCUGCAGACGGCGGCGCGCCUGCGCAGUACGAGCACGAGGUCGGCACGCAGCUGUGGCUCUCGCAGGAGGACGCGGCGCGUCUCGACAACCCCGCUGAAUACCUCUACUCCAUCCAGCUCGUGGACAACGAAGGGAUGUUCACAGGGAGCAUCAUGGAGGCACGCGCCAAGGUGCUCUCCCGCGAUCGCCUGGUCUUUUCCAAGUCGAUCAUGCGCAAGUACCUGCGCGACUGUGUCGUGCGCGAUCCGCAGGUAGGGAGCCCAUGGUUCGUGCGCGAGAACCUGGCGCGGCGCUUUGAUAUUCCCCUGGAACCCACGGAGGAGAUCAUGCAGAGGAACGAGGAUAUCAAGGAGGGCAAGCUUUCGAAACGCCGCAAGCUCCUCGACGGCGACGCGUCGGUAGCACGGCGCAAGGCGCGUGACGAGCGCAAAGAUCGCAAACGCGAGGAAGACAAGACGGAAAAGAAGCCGCUCAAGUUUCCGUGCGAGGAUCUGCUCUUGGACACCAUCACUGAGCAGGAGCUCAGUGCAGAGACGCCCGGCGAGCUCUCGAAACGCGCUCAGCGCCCAGAGCUCGAUGGGCCUGAACUGCUGGGCGUGCCGCAGGACCACUUUGAGCCGUACAUGAUGGUGUACUACUUCUUCCUGUCGCUUGGAAAACCGCUCGGUAUCUCGGCCAUCGCCUGGGACGACUUUGAGGGUGCCCUGCGGCAUCCCACGCACGACCCGACUUGCGUGCUUCUCUCCGAGAUGCACGGCGUGGUCCUCAAUGCGAUCGUGCGCGACGGCGCUCACUCGCGCGACCUCGCUCCUGCCGCAAUUGAUGCCAAGAAAAAGCAGGCGCUGCAGAUCCAAGCCGCCGCAGUUGCGAGUCAAACCGCCUCGCCCCACCCCCAGGAGCCGGCAGCAGAGGACGAUGGAGACAUGAGCAGUGAUAUUAGCGAGCCCGACGACUUGGACGAGUCGCCGGAGAAGAGUGUCAUGGAUGCUGCGCACUCCAUCGGGCGGGGUUGGGAGAAGAAAAUUUUGCACGCCGACGACCACCGCGCAGGCUGGGAGAACCAUUUGGUGGGCUGCCUCUCGCACCGCGCCACGCCGGAAUCGCUUCCGCGGAUGUACGCCAUCCUCUCGCUCUUGACGGGCGUAGAGCACGACGAGGCCGUCGAGGACGGCGUCUACCUCGCGCAUACGUACAAGACGGCUGCCGAGCGCUAUCCCCACCUCCCACUCGCGGACAAGAUCCAGAUCCUCUUGUUCCUGUGCCAGCUCGCGGUCGUGACACGCAACGUCAAGACGUACUACGAAGAGUGUGAAAACCACUUGACCGAGCUGCGCAAGGAGCGCCUGGAGCUCAUCCGUGUACGCAAACGCACACAGGAGCAACGCCACGAGCUCGAUGGCAUCAAGAAGCAGGAUGAGUCGCCCGUGCCUGAAGAGGAGGAGCAGGUCACGCCGAUGGAGCAAGACCCCGAGUCCAACUCGGACUCCGACUCGGACUCGGAGCAGGACGAGCUUGCAUCGGACGAUGACGAAGAGGGCAGCGAGGGCAGCGACUCGAACGAUUCGUUCGCAUCGGACGCAGGUUCGGAGCGCUACAAGCGCUUGUUUGGCUCGCGCCAGGAAUCACUGCGUGAAAAGGCGCUGCAGCGUGACGCCGAGCAGGCUCGCAUGGCGGCCGAACUUGCCAAGGCCAAGGAGCAGCAGCGCGAGUCGAAGCAGAUCAAUGCCGAGCGCAAGCGUAUGGAAGACGAAGAUCUGCGGCUUGCGCGCCGCGAAGAGGCUAUUGACCGCGAGUUUAGGCGGUACGCCAUGAUUCCUCGCCUGCGCCCGCUAGGCAAGGACCGCUUCUUGAACCGCUACUACUGGGUGGAUGGCAUCGGCACGGCAUCGCUUGCGGGAAGCAGCGGCAGCGUGCUCUACCAAACCGGCCGCGUCUUUGUCCAGGCAGCAAGCAUGCGCGAAUGGAACGACCUCUGCAAGGGCUACUCCGGCGGCUCGCAUGCCUUGACACAACGCCGCGCAUCCGAGCUGCAGAUACAGCCGGAUGCAGAGCUGGGCGAGUGGAAUGUCUACACAAAGCCCGAGCAGAUCGAGGAGCUGAUUGCUUGGCUCCGCAUCAAGGGCGUGCGUGAGAACGCACUCAAAGCUCAGCUCCUCAAGUACCGUGACUACAUCGAGGGGGGCAUGCGGAAGCGUAACGAUGACAUCGCGCUGGGCUGGCGCGAGCCAGUGGUGGAGACGCGCCGCUCGGCCCGCGCACGUACAGAGCAGUCGGCGCAGAUGCGGUUGCCGUACAUGACAUGGCGCAACGGCAAUAGCAAGUAG